UGCCUCGUGUACGUGUACAAGUUUGUUUCGGUCUUCUCCUGCUUUUCUUUUCACUCCAGAGUCUUCGGAUUUUGUUCUCUCAUGCUAAUCUGAAGCAUAGGCCUUUCAAGUUUGGAAACGAUGAAUUUUAUGGUCAAGAAAAGCUUGGAACGCCCACCAAAUCCUACCCGAAUAUUGUGGACGUGGCGGGGGCGGGAUUGGGCUCGAGCAAGCUUGCAGAGAGGGAGUUAUGCCCGCCGGAAAGUUUUAGACUUGCCACCAUGGAAGAAUGUAUGCCAUGGCUUGGGUGCAAAGAGAUGGCUAACGAGGUGACCGUCCAGAAAAAAAUCGGAGGGGGAGCUUUAAAGACGGUUUACUUAGCUACCUGGAGAGACUACACCGUGGCGUACAGCAACCUGACUAAGAUGGGUUACCGCCGGGACUUCCACAAUGACGUAGAGAAGCUGAGGAAAUUGCAGCAUAGUUCUCAUAUCGUAACGCUAGUUGGAUCAUGCAACACAACUCUCCUUACAGAGUAUCACAGACUUGGACCUGCAAACCACAUUGAGACUAUCCUAAAGAGUAAGAAUUUCAGCAAGUUUAACGAUGUUCGGACACGAUUUAACCUGUCUCUAAGUUUUGUAGAAGCAAUACAUUUUCUUCACAAUAGUCCAAUUGGCACACUAGUCAUGUGCGACCAGCAUCACCUCUUAAAGACUCUAUCCCAGUAUCUAAUUACAGAGGAUUUUAACAUUGUGGUGAACGAUUUGGAUUCCUUAAAAGAAGUAAACUCCACAGCACAGCUAUUAAUAAGGUGCCGACAAAGACAACUACGGCCAGGUUUUGUUUCACCUGAAGAGCUUUGGCCCUUCGAAAAUGAAACAUUUGAUGGCUCAAGGCUGCCUUAUUAUGAUGAAAAAACUGACAUUUGGAAAAUACCGAAUGUGGUUAACUACUUAUUGGGAAAAGUGAAUGGAAGUGAUGUAGUCAGAUCACACUUGUUCAAAGUGCACCGACGGUGUCAAAAUAGGGACCCCAAGCAGAGACCAAGUGCCAAUGUAUUAUUGGAGGAGUACAAAAGGGUUAGGAAUUUACUUUUUACUUAAGAAAUAGCUGAUCAGAGUGUGAAAUUGUAUCGUAGAUCACAACAUGUAUUCAACUUGUGCAUUUGUGCAGUUUUACACAUUUGUCAUGUACACGCAGGCACCAAAUGAUUAGAUAAAUAGCCAACUAUGUUGAGGAAUGCAGGCUAACAACGCCAAGCCAUCACCCAAUAUAUAAAACAUUGAACACAUGGUAGGGUUCCGUGACCACAUGCAUUCGCAACUGAUCAAGGUUUACAAUGACGUGUGUAAUUUUAUGUCUUAGAUAUACAUUAUAAUGGCCAGACCUAGUAUACUAGUAUGUGUCUAGACUAGGGCUUGAAUA